AUGCAGGUCUCGGUGACCAACGAGGACGACUGGUACGAUAGCGACAAGUGGGAGAAGUUCGGCAAAUCGAAUGCGAGGGUGAGCGGCACGGAAGGGAGCAAGAGGGGAGAGGGGGAGAAGGAGGUGGAGGUGGAGGCGAGGUCGCAGGGGAGGAGGCGAUCGGGAAGCAACGAAGUGCAGUGGAUGAAGUUAGCAGGGUGUGAUAUCUGCUUGCCCAAGGAUCUAAGGAAGCCAAUAGACGGCGUCAGGUUCGCGGGAAUAGUCCAUUUCAUCGGAGGCGUGUUCGUCGGAGCGGCGCCGAAGCAAGCGUACUCGCUGUUUGUGGAAGAGAUGGUGAGUCAGGAAAGAAUGAUAGUCAUCGCGACGCCAUGCGCGGGGCUGACGGGAAUGGAUCACUACAAGGCCGCCUUCGAGGCAGCAUACAAGUUUGCGGGAGCAGCAAAGGCCCUGCAGGGCGAGCUCGGCAGCGACAUGUUCGAUCCUGCGGAGCUGCCUACUAUCGGGAUGGGGCACUCGUUGGGUUGUAAGGUGCACCUGCUGAUCAACUCGAUCGAGGACACCAAGAAGAUCAUCGGGAGGGUGAGAGCAGCCAACGUACACAUCGCCUUCAACAACUAUGAUGCCAAGAAGAGCAUCCCUAUCCUCUCUGAGCUCAGCAAGCUUCAGAGCGAGAUGUCCAAAGGGCUGGCUGCGGCUGCUCCUGUCCUCGAGUCGAUCUCGGCGUUUGCUAACUCCAUGAAGACCAACAGCCAGCUCAAGGAUGUGUUCGGAAGCGAGAGUGCAAGCAAAGUUUUCUCCUUCAUCGAGAUGUUGUCGGAGACGGGAAAGAAUUACGCAGCGAACAACCAAGAACCCCUAGAUGAGUUCAGUCCCUCACCAGAAGACACCAUGAGGCUGCUGAAGGACGAGUACAGCGUUUCUCGCAACCUUGCCGUGAAAUUCCUCAGCGACGACAUUGACCAGAGCAUCCUGUUGUGCGAGGCCUUGAGAGACAAGUUCACCUCUCCCACGACCGGCAUCGGGGGGAGGCUGGACCUGAAGAGACUGCCAGGCACGCACAUCACGCCCAACACGCCUUCCUUGGAGAAUCUCUACAACGGGAGCGCUGAGCCCAUGGACGAGGCGCUGAAAGACCUCGAGACCAUGUCGCGGGCAAAGGCGCUGGAGCUGACUGAGCAGGUUCAGGUACUGGCAGAGACGAUCGUCAAAUUUGCACAGGAAGAGUUUACAAGAGACAGGAUGAUGCCACAGGCAAGGAACCGCAUCGAGAGCAGCUCGACCUGA